AUGUCAGAAGCCCUUGAAUCUACCACACAGGAUGUUCAAACUUCACAAGGACGGCGAUACCAACCAGGCACCGAUGAUUCUGUGUUUGAAGAAGCGUUCCGGCAGUGUCGACGAUCAAAUUUAAAACUUGCCAAAAUACUCCCCCCAAAUGACGCUGCGUUGUUGAGAAGAAUUCCUGACAGACCCGAACUCAAAGUCAUCAAUGCUGAGGCGGUCAAGUCGUUUAUCGAGGACAAAGCAAAAGAGUCUAGACAGCGAAAUGAAUGGCUCAGAUUCAAGUGGCUACCGAAGACUGUCGAGAACCUUGCGCGCUUUACAUUCAACAUUAGGGAUUUGGUCUCUCCACUUACAUCCCUCAACCCAGAAUGCGCGGUAUUACUUGGAUGUCUGAUGGUCAUCUCCAAGACUAUCGUUCUCAAACAGGAGAAAUUAGAAGCGGUAUCUGACAUAUUUGCGAGGCUUGUCCAGGUCACCGAGAGCCUUGACCUAUGCAAUGUGUCCAUCUCCAGUUCCCCGGACAAGGUCCGACUGCAGCUCGCCAAAGUAUACAUUGCUAUUUUAGAGCUCGUGGUCAUCGUAACGGAGUAUUGUGCCAUUGGCAGAACAUCAAAAAUCGUCGAUGCUUUGACCGCCAACACAAAGUACGAUUUCAAAAAGGGUCUCCAGGAAGUUGAGUCUGCUUGGGGGACUUUGAGAUUCCUCAUGCAAGCCGCCAGCGGUGUUUUGCAAAUCGACACAUAUGACUUGCUGCAAAACCAAGCCAAAAAGGUAGACUACGUUGCUGCCGAACUCUCAAAUAUGCAGUCUCAGAUCGCAAGUUUGAGACUGUCCAUCGAUACACUGCAGCUCGAUCAAAGAAAAAUGCAUAUGCUCCAGCUCCGUCAGCAUAACAGAGCGGUGAUGCACACUCUGCUACCCCUCUACGUGACCAUGAAUGAAGAAAUCCAACACUGGAAAGGUCGUCAGUUUCGUACCUCUCCAAAAGAUCAUUGGGAAGUCAACGGCGUUUUGGAAUACCUCGAAGCGUGGAGCUCUCUCCCGCACGCCUCCAUCUUGGCCAUAUUUGGUCCAACCCGUGGGCGUGAUUCCUGGGUAACAGAAUUCGCACUGGACACGAUCCAGGCCUUUCAAGUUCAGAAUGAACUUGUUACAUUUGUUUUGUGCGACAGAUCGCGAGUCAAACAGUACUCUCCCAAGACCCUGAUCAAAAUCCUCAUAUGCCAAAUUCUCGAACAACGGCCGACGUUGGUCCUUGAGGAGCCCGAUCUUUUCACCCUUCACAAUUGCCAAUCCGCGGUCGAACUGGACCAAUUAUGCAAUCUCUUGGGCCGCAUGAUUUCUAGAAUUGAUCGAAUAGCCAUCAUUAUCGACCGAAUCGAAAGCUGUCGUCAGGGCCAGGGCAAUGAAAACGACGAAAUCUUUCAUUUUCUGGUGGAAACUGUUGAAAUCCUUGGGAAAGGUGCCAAGAUCAUCAUCACCAGCGCAAAUCCCCUUCCUACUGCCCCCCCUCACAACGUCCCUGUUAGCAUGUGUCAGAUUUCAACGCAGCAGAUCUCUUCCUCAUUCAGCUAUCGACGACAUCCCAAGAGUUUGUCACUUGAUGUUUUCAGCGUCAACGAUCGCUGGCUGUGCCUGUGUUGGGGCUGGAUGAAGCUAUUUGAUAGAGGCAAGCUAGAUAUCAUGUCUUGGUACGGGGCGGUGUAUGAGGCGAGCAAUGCAACGAUAGGCUCCGGUGUAAGUCUUGGCUUUUAUGAAAGCAGUCUAUCCUACGCAGAAAAACUGCCCCAGAUGACCAUAAAAUUUGCAAUGCGCCGGAAAGGGGGCCGCUUUUCACCGAGAUGGAAACCAGUCUUGAUACAGAGAUAUAACAGGGGAUCUGGCGCCGUAUUGGAGUAA